AUGAGCAACAGCGCCCCGUCCUCCGCCGCCACCAGUGGUGUUGCUGUUGGUGCUGCUCAGCCGAGGCCGAUCCGCUUCGUCACAAACCACGAUGGCCCUUACGCGAAACGCAGGAGGAUAAACUCUGCUUGCCUCACCUGUCGGAGGAAGAAGACGCGCUGCUCUGGCGAACGGCCAGUCUGUGGUACAUGCAUUCAGAACAAACAUGAAUGCGCCGGCUAUGGCCCCGAAGGCGAUCCCCAAACUCAUGCAGAUGCCACCAGAGAGAAGAAGUCCGCGCGCAAAGAGAGCCUUCCUUCCACAAAUGUCCCCCUCCGAAAGCAGAAACUAGAGCCCGUUGCUGUUGCUGCUCCUCAGCCUAUGCGACCACCACUGAACCAGUCCACCUCCAAUGCCUCGCUCAACUCCGACACCUCGAUUCACCCCACUAUAUCAAAGCAGGAUGACAAUCCAGCUUUUUCCGGUUUCAGUCUCAGCACGCGCAACCGCAUGCCCUACUUUCGAUACUUUGGCCCGACGGCCAUCAUGCCAGGCUUCAGGCAGAUGGUCGUAAAGGUCAGGGGGAAGCAGCACAGUACCGGCCAUACUACAUCUGAUCCUGCGAUAGAAUCCUCCCCCGGACUUCCGCCGUCCGUAGGCUCCCCGCCCACGAUCGAAGCGCGCACUCCCGUUGAGAUACCCGUCUAUGACACCUCCACCAUGUCCCCUAGUCCUCUAAUUACACAUCUUUGCAAAUUGUUCUUCGUCCACCUCGGCUGUACUUUUCCUUUCCUGCAGAGAGAGCGGUUCAUGCGCGAUCUAGAAGAAAAGCAAGUCGACGCCAUAUUAGUCGAUGCGGUCUGCGCAUUAGCUGCAAGAUUCUCCACGCACCCACUGCUGACUGGCAGCGUCGAUCAUCACAAAGACAUCGAAGGCGAACCUUCAAAAGUCCAACCAUCCGAGUAUGGCCAGGCCUUUGCCCAGAGAGCCAAAUCUGCCAUUCCAGAUGCUUUCCCUUGCCCAUCUGUGGCUGUAGUGCAGGCCGCACUCAUUCUGGGCUACGAUGAAUUCGGAGCCAAUCGGGACAGUGGCCUGUGGAUGUACCUUGGAGUUUCCAUUCGAAUGGCACAGGACUUGGGAAUGCAGACUCUGGAAGGUCUGAAAUAUGAGGGUCGAGAUGGCCCCACCCCCAAUUCGGUCUUCACCGACCCGGACGGUGGCAAUCGUCCCCAUCAGAGCAUCACGGGACAAUAUAAGAGGAAGGGUAGCGCUCAUGCAGAAGAGGAGCAACGAGCUGUGGAGCGUGAGCGAUUGGACACGUUCUGGUCUCUCUUCUUCCUGGAUCGUGUGAUCUCGUCAGGUACCGGCCGGCCAGUCACGCUGCGCGACAAGGACAUUGAGAUCUCAUUUCCCAGCAUGGCCGAUGUGGAUCCUGCUUCUGGGUAUCCGUUACCUUUUCCACCGCUCAUCCGCAUCAUACAUCUAUAUGGCCGAGUUACCGAUUUACUGAACAGUGUUAAGGAAAAGUCGCACAUGACAGAGGAUUUGAGGAAGCAACUCGAUACACUGGAAUACCACCUUACAGAAAUCUACCAAGGCCUUUCGCCCAGGCUGCACUUCAAUGCCCUAAAUUUCCAGCAAUACGUCAAGAUUAACCAAGGAACUAAUUUUCUGCUUCUCCACUGUUGGUUCCACACGUUGAUCGUACUUUUACAUCAGCCUACAUUGCUGAAAACAUUCGAGGGCAAUGUAGAACACCUUUCAAGCAACAGCCGCGAACUGUCAAUGUCAUCUGCGAAGACAGUCGCUGACAUCUUGGCGUUCACAGACCUAAUUGACGCGAAGACUGGCGUCGGGAACCCAUUUACCAGUCAACCCAUAUACAUUGCUGCAUGUGCGUUUCUCAAGGAGACUGCAUUGCAUUCGGCUUCCUCGCAGCCACACUCACGUUUCUCCUCACCAGGAACCAAUCAAAGUGUUGAACCUAGAGCGGACGAAAAGCCCUCGCUCGACCACAUGAGAUUUGAUAGGGUACCCAAUGUGUCCAAUAGUGACCGCUUAAGCGUCGCGCAUGAACACGAUAAACAAGCAGCGAAACACACUCUGCUUGCUUCAGCCGCGAACCAAAACUACCAACGGUGUUAUCGAGCUCUCAAAGCCCUUGAGACCUAUUGGGCGGGUGUCAAAUAUAUCUUGACAGUCUUGGAGCAAAAGGCCAAGGGUGUCGGGGAGCCCUUGCUGUACACACGUGAAGAGAUGGAGAGUGCACUGGAGGUUCCGACAACGGAUCCUUCCUUCACAAGUCCUGGCUGGAGGCGCAAACUCAGUUGGGGUACGUACUUGACGGCCCAGGAUCUAGAAGUAGACCCAACCAAAGUUCCUACAGCCAUCAAACGCACCCGAACUCCGACCAUACCUGGCUCUCCGAUGCCAUUGGCAACCCAGGCAAUUGGCUGGUCUCUAACCGGCACGAUGAACUCGCCGUCAACAAACGUUGCUGUCAUGUACACAGCGGACAGUAAUACUCGCGACAACAAAUCUUUGCCCGAUAGUACCCAGCCCUCCAUAGCUUCGGUUCUAUCGAAUGCCUCAACCGGCCAUCGUGUGAAAUUUGAGCCUAAUUCGACUUCGGCGGGGUCAGCUUCCUCGCUGCCCAUUUCCACGCCAACCCAUCCAUCUUUCGAUCCAACAAACAUGCCACCACCGCCUAAUAAUAACACUAACAACUACAACACAAUGGGCACCCCCGAUCCAGUUUUGGUAUCUGAGGCUGACUUGCUGUUGAAUCUACACUCGCCCUUUUCUGCAUCAUCCCCAAGUGCAACCCGCGCAUCAUUGGCGGCGGCCUAUCAAUCUCAUCGACCCUCAAUUGUAAAUCCCGUUGUAUCCGCUACUCCGAUGCCCAACCCCCAGGACUUCUCGCCGACAGCCUUUGCGCAGUACCCAAAUCCAUCCGACAAUUUUGGCGACAUGGUCAUCGAUACCCAGGAUGUUGACAUGUCUCUCCUGGGUCCAGAGAUGAUGCCGUGGGACUUGGAAUAUCUGCCACAUGAUGUGCUAUUCUAUGGGGACGGAGGAUUCAAUGUGGGAGGCGACGGCGACAGAGAAGCUGGGUGA